GAAAAACAAAAUGGCCGCCAGGUCACUGACGAAGAAGUCGGCGAAUAAAUGGGCUAUAGACCUCGUUGGAAGGCCUAAAUACCUACUUGAACGCCAGUUUCAAAGCUCGUCUGAUCUUCCAGCUCCUCUGGGCUACACGGAACACCGUGUUCAACAUGAACCAAGAGACUUAAACAGCACACAUCUAGUGGCCAAAAAAACAUGGGACAUAGCRCUUGGACCAUUCAAACAAAUCCCAAUGAACCUGUUUAUCAUGUACAUGGCUGGUAAUUCUAUAUCUAUAUUUCCUAUUAUGAUGGUYGGUAUGAUGUUCUUACGUCCUGUCAAAGCCUUGCUAGCUAUUAAAUCAACAUAUAAAGCCCUCGAAGGAGACCAUGACACAGCUUUCCUACAAAAGGUUAUUUAUCUCCUUGGUAAUAUUGCACUGGUGUUUUUGGCACUGUACAAGUGUCAGUCYAUGGGGCUGUUACCUACUGCCACUUCUGACUGGCUUGAAUUCAUGGAACGUAAAACGAGACUUGAAUAUAGUGGUGGUGGAUUUACAUUAUAGACCUGACUUAGUAUAUAGAAUACACAACAUGCAUACAGCUAAUUCCAUAAAGUUGUUGUAAACAAGACAAAAGAAAAUAAUUGUACUACUGCAAGGAAUUGUGGAUAGCCAAGACUUCAGCCAAUGAGAAAGCAGGCAUUAGAGAUAAUGUUUUAUUGUCUUUUCAGCCUAGUUAACCCUUUUGUAAGGGGGGCUUUGUAAGGGGGGCUUUGUAAGGAGGUUUUGUAUAGGAAACUACUAACUUAAUAAGCAUGUUGAAAUAUUGCAUAGAAGAGAAGAUGUUAAAAACACUCUAUUAAUCCAGCCAUAAAGAAAUCAUGUGGUUGGCACAUGAAUAAUGAAGGCUUGCGUCACAUGAAGUAUUACUAUUUCUUCUAUUGCAAAGGAAGCAAAAGUGGCAGUCAUUUUAUUUGUAGUUCCCUGUAACAUCAGUCUCUUUUUUUGUGUUUUUGUUGUUGUUGUGUUUUUUUUUUGUGUGUUAUAUUUUAAAGAGCAGAAAGAGAGAAAAAAUUUCCCCUCUUUUCUAAAUAAAAAAAGUAAAAGAUUAYAAAAUACUACCAACCAAUGUUAAUUCUUUUGUUUUCUAUUGACUAUUCUCAAAUCUCAGUACAUUCAGCUUCUGUUAGCCAUCAAAUCAAUACAUAAAUUGAUUGUUUAUUUUAUUGUUUUCUAUCCAAGGAACGAGACUAUUCCCGACUGUCCUGGAAUUUUAAGAAACGUCARUUGUUUAAUCCACACUUCAAUCUAUAUUCAGAGAUUAAAAUAUUCCUACUC